UCCUGAGGGGCCACAGUACCAGGAAACAGAGGAAGUGCAAGGCUAGUGUGGAACAUUAUGUUUGUACACAAUCUUAUCAGCUCACAGUGAGAGCAUGCACUCUCUUUUAAGAGUGACUUGUUUAUAGCAGUGACAUUGUGCCUGUGCCCUGAGCAGACAUGCAGCAGAGAGAUUGAUACACCAAACUUUUCUUAUGCUUGAGCACUUUUGGUUUUAUCGGGACUUUGUUCUUAAUGUUAUGCAAGAUUCCUGUUAAGUUUAUCGCUAUGGCAUAAAUCAGUGCAGCCUCAAGAGGGACAUUUGGACUUUAACUGAUUGCUGCUCACCACGUCAGGUCAAACAUGGGUCGCUACCUCAGCACCAACUUGUGUUCAAGUUCUGUGGACAGGACUUUGAGAUCAUACUGCAAAAUUAGGUACUUAAUGGGCCUUUUCAGAAAGUACCCUCGUCUGGCCAAAACACCACUCUGCCUGGACCUCCAUAGAUAUUCACUCGUGGCACCUCCUCAUCCACCCAGAUUUACAAGAAGAGCUUCUUUUAAAAAUGUAAACCACAGUGAUAAAGGCUCUACCUCUCACCGCUUCCUCAGAGAUUAUACCAAAGAAGCGAAACGUCUCCAGAUUGUUCGUUUUUACUCAUCCUCCAAUAGGGAUGCAUUCAAAGCUGAGGCUCCAGUUGGGAUCUUUGAGGAGGCUCAGACCAGUUUGCAUUUGAGUUCUCUGGGAGUACGUCUUGGUCAGUCAUUUAAUCGAUUGGCCAGACACAUUAAUGUUUAUUUCAAGGGAAAAGACAUUGUACCUCUUGCUGAAAGUGCUGGUCUUGUUGUCACAACUCCAGAAUAUCUUGGAAGGUCACAUAGGCGUUGUCAAAGUCAGCGGGCAGCCAGAGAGAGAAAUAUAUCUGAGGGCAAGGACACAACACAGACCUUGAAAUGCAAAGGAAAACAAGAGAGCUCAGGAACAGGUCCUUUAAUCAAGGAAAACUCUGGACUGCAACUAUUUCACAUCAGCACUUUGACGACAAGAUUUGGUGAGAGCUACAGUUACGUUGCUAAUCACAUCAACUCUGUCUUUUCUCUGGGUCCGGCAAAAGUUCAAAUUCAGGAGAAUUCGGAAACAACAUCUUCCACUAGAGGGACACACAGAAGGCAUAGGAGGAGAAAAAUGCUAAACAAUUACAUUCUAAACUCUAAAGAAGCUGAAAUAUCUCAAGUAAAACCAGGUGAUAAUCAGGCAAUAGUGGAACCAAACAGUAUCUCCAACAGCUGGGAGGAAGGCUACCUUCAUUUCGCAAGACAUAUCAAUAGAUACUUUGGUGCUAAGGUUAGGGAUGAAGUUGGAAAUCAGAAUAGGCGAGAAUCACUCCCUGUGGAAAAGAAUAACACUUACAAAACACACUUCUCAACACAAUCUACCUCACAAGCUCAAGGUGCUACAUCACAACAGAGUCAAGAAGAACCUAUUGUCCCUGAAACUGGAGGCCUUUUCCACAGCAGCAGCAAUACCUCUAACUUUGGGGAAAACUAUUUCCAAACGUCCAGUCACAUCAAUCAGUAUUUCAAGGGUCAAAGUGGAGUGGAUGAGGGUAUUAGUAGAAACCUUAAAGAGACUGACCAUAGAUCUGCUACCUCUGAGAGACUGAAGACUGUAUCCUUUAUGGACUGCCUUCGCCGCCCCACAAGUGCCAUCCCUGACUUGCUGGGUGCUUAUCUAAAACUGGGCACCUUGUCCCAGACUAGUGAGCCAAAACCUGCCAUAACUUCAGCAGAGGCAAUAUUGAGUAAAAAGCUCGUCUUGAGUCGGAGGCAAGCUGAGGAAAUGAUUCGGGCGUUGAUCUGCAGUCUGGGACAGGCUUCGUCUCCAGAAGCUCUGACUUCCUGUGUGGAGGCUCUGAAUGAACACCUUAUCCGCCAUCCAUCACGCAAAGCUUUAAUGUGGCAGGAGAAAGCUGCAGUAACAUUAUUGAGACAGCGGCGAAUCUACAGAGAUAACCAGGCACUUCAGAACGCCAUAAGAGAAACCUUCGCUCUUAUCGGCUAUGUGGAUCCAGUCAAAGGCCGCGGCAUUAGAGUGCUCUCAAUUGAUGGUGGUGGCACAAGAGGUGUGGUGCCUUUACAGGUGUUAAAGCUAUUGGAAGCUGAGACGGGCAAAAAGGUCCAUCAACUCUUCGACUACAUCUGUGGAGUGAGCACAGGUGCCGUUCUAGCCUUCAUGCUGGGCCUGGCUCAUUUUUCUCUAGAGGAGUGUAGUGACAUGUAUCGUCGUUUUGGCUCUGAAGUGUUUCGACAAAACCGUCUAGUUGGCACAAUGAAGAUGGGUUGGAGUCACUCUUACUAUAACACUGAGACAUGGGAGAGAAUACUACGAGAGAAGCUGGGUGAGAGAAUACUUAUUAAAACAGCCAGGGAUGAGUUUAGUCCCAAGGUUUCAGCAGUCAGCGCAGUGGUAAAUUGGGGCACCAGUCCAAAGGCCUUCGUCUUCUGCAAUUACAACCACAAACCAGGUUCCCUCAGCCGCUAUGCAGGAGGCUGUGGCUAUCAGAUGUGGCAGGCAGUGCGAGCAUCGUCAGCUGCCCCAGGCUACUUUCAGGAGUACACAUUACAAAGUGACAUUCACCAGGAUGGAGGAAUUAUCCUGAACAAUCCCUGUGCCUUGGCUGUGCAUGAGAGCCGUCUGUUGUGGCCCAACCAGCCCUUUCAGUGUGUGCUGUCCCUUGGCACUGGUCGUUAUGACAACGCUAAGAGAGGCCCUGUCACCUCCACCAGCCUGAGGGCCAAAAUCAGCAACCUUAUCUGCAGUGCCACUGACACUGAAGGAGUCCACACACUUUUGGAUGACCUGCUCGCCCCAGAUGUCUACUUCCGCUUCAAUCCCAUGCUGAGUGCUGAGGUGUCCCUGGACGAGAGCCGGCCAGGGGCCCUGGACCAGCUGCAAAGAGACACCCAAAUUUAUUUGGAGAGGAACCGGCCCAAACUGGCUAGGCUCUGUUUGGUGCUUGGAGCAGAGCGCUCAGCUGUUAGUAAAACUAAGGACUGGAUUGGUGAGAGGGCCUGGGAGGUGAAGCAGAGAUGGGUGUGAGUAGAUAUGAGGCAUGUCUACAGAUAGAUUCAUACUCCAUGUACAGACACAGACAGGCUGCAGACAAAAUAACAGAAACACCUUAAAGUAAAACAGCCCUGAUGUAAAAGCAGUUUAGUGAAAUGUGUAACUUGUUUGUUGUUGAGGCUUUAAGAGUGUUUCUUCAACUCAGUGGUCAUUUUUAGCCACAUUGAGGCACAAGGGUUCAGCAAUGCCAGUCUGUCAUUUGGUCCACCACUUUGGCUCACACAUAAUUAUCUCAACAACAAGUGAAUGGAUUUCUAUGACAUCUUGCACAUACAGUCAUGGUCCCCAGAGGAUAAAGCCUUCUUACUUUGGUGAUUGCUUGACUUUUCCUCUAGUGCCACCAUGAGUUUCAGAUUUGUGGUUUUGAGUGAAAUGUCUCAACAGCUAGGCUAUUGGAUGGAUUGCCAUAAAAUCUGAUACACACCAGCAUGUUCCCCACAGAAAUAAUUGUAAUAACUAACGUGAUCCCUUAACUAUUCCUCUUGCAUCAUCAUCCAGAAUUUCAAUGUAUCCAAUAUGUUGCAAAAAUUACGUUUCUAUCAACCGUAGCUGUAUUUUGUAUUUGGUGCUAAUUAGCAAAUGUUAGCUUGCUAACAGGCUAAACCUAGAUGGCGAACACUGUGAACAUCAUACCUGCUAAACAUCAGCAUGUUAGCGUUGUCACUGUGAGCAUGUGAACAUGCUGUUGUUAGCAUUUAGCACUACUGUGCCAAAGUGCAGCCUCACAGAGAUGUUAAAGUGGCUGUAGACACCUAAUCUUGUUAGGCUGUGGUUUAUAGUGUUAUUAAUCACAUAUCCUGGUAUUUUCUGUCAGUCAGUGUUGAGGGUCUUCAUGACCACAAGUAUUUUUGCUUGCUCUCGCUGUGCUUUAGCAUCUGUUUUCAUGAAAUUCACUCCCUUCCCACAAUAAAUUAUAAUAAGUUACUGAUUAGCAAUAUACAUCAGCUUUAGAGGUGUCUCUGUUAUUUUGUCCACUCCCUGUUAUAUAUGUACUCCCUGUUGUAUAUGUAUGCCAAAUUAAUAUUUUCUAUAUGAUAUUGUCAACAUGCCUCACAUAUAGUAUAUAAAGUAUUUUAUUUGAUGACUUCUUGGCAUAGACACAGAGCACACACAUUGGUGAAAUCAGCACUUUUUUAUGCACUUUAUGAAAAAAUGUUUGUGUACAUGUGACAUAAUUAACUAUACUCAAUUAUAACUAUGGUAUAUUUGAAAAUGUUGCACUUUUCAGUGUUAUUAAUUGUAAUAUAAGCUAUAAAUCAUGAUUUCAUGACAGCUGAUUGUGUUGUUAUUACUUUUCUGCUAUCGGGCAUA